CAGACAGAGGAUGUCAUGUUGAGCUACAGGUACAAGUAACGCCAUAGAAUUAAUACUCUUUGUAUAUUUUGCUCGUCGCGUUUCGUGUACAGUUACUUUAAAGCAAAGUGUGUGAUUUGAAUCCUCUCGUAUAAUUGCAAACUAAUGGACAAAGACAAGAGGAACGACAUUCCUGAGCACAGCUCAUGGAUGGAAAUGCACCAGUUCAUCGGUGACCUCCUGCUGUCGUCUGGAAGCUCGGUCAAGGAACAGUCCGACGUCAUGAACGUGUGGAGCAUGUUGGGGGGUGGCUCGCUCCAAUCAACCCGUGCUAUGCACAAGACCGAGACGACGCCAAAGAAAAAUAUGCGCCAUGUCUGCACCUGUCCCGGCUGCCCUUUCUCCUCUUCCAGACAAGCCUCAUCUUCAAUUGCGCAGUCGGAGGCUUCAAAAGAGAGUAGCUCCCCCUCAACCACCGGCACUGGUACUACUCUUCCACACAGCUCUGCCGAUGGCUGCCCUGACGCAAGCGACUCCUCCGAGAGCAACCCUAACCUGGAAGCUCCCCCGUCCCGACUGUCCUCCUUAAACCGUAUUUCCUCUGUGUGCCCUUGCUCUGCAUUGUGUCGAACGCACCAUCACUUCCACCACUGCCCUAUCAGCACUUGCCUGCCGUGCCCUCAGCCCCCUUUCCCCCGCCUGGCGUCUUUCCAGUCCCGCCUGCUCCAGCGGGAUUCCGAGGAGCGCGGCUGCCCGGCGCAGUCCCCCUUGCUGCACUCUUGCAUGCACUGCACCGCGUCCUUCUCAAGACCGUCGCAGUUGCUGCAGCACCAGCGUGCCGAGCAUGCCCAAAAACCCUCUGGCUUCUUAUGCACCCAGUGCGGCCGGACUUUCAACUCGCACAGCAACCUGCGCAUCCACCUCCACGUGCACACGGGGGCUCGACCGUACACCUGCUCUGAAUGCGGAAAGGGCUUCAGCCAAUCAGGUGCGCUCAAAAUCCAUAGGCGGAUCCACACGGGUGAGAGGCCCUACUCCUGCGGCUUCUGCGGGAGAGGCUUUCCCCACUUGGCGGGGGUCCGAGCCCACCAGAGGAUCCAUACGGGGGAAAAACCUUACCGCUGUAGCCAGUGCGGUAAAUGCUUCACUCAAUCUGGAGCACUAAAGAUCCACAUCCGCAUUCACACCGGAGAGAGGCCCUUCGUCUGUGACAUCUGCGGUAAAGCCUUUUCCAACCGCUCGGGCGUCCGCUUCCAUAACCAAACGGUUCAUGGUCUGACUCCAGAGCAGGCGGGAUCCACGGGGGUUCAGCUCGGGCGACCUCGCGCUUACCCGCCCGCUAGCGGCGCACCUUCACAGACUGAGAAUCGAUCCGGAUUCGUGCAGCUCGUUGAAACCGCCACUGAGGGUGAGAGCACCAGACCGAUUUACGUUUGCGAGGACUGCGGUCUGCGUUUUAAAGACGCGCCUGCCCGGAAUAAACACCAGGCUAUAGUGCACUACUCUGCGGAGGAGGUGACUCCCAAAGAAGGAAGCACAAUUGAGGGAGCCCCUCUUGACAAUGGAGAGUAAGUCCCUAAUGAAUUGGACGUACAGCACCUACCUGUUGCCAAAAUAUCUCUUCGGAAACACAAAAGUUUUGCUUUGCAUUUCACAAUGGACGUAGUAGAACCUCCAAAGUUGGGAAAACUCCAAAAGCGGAGUUUGAGUAUUUUAUAGUGUCCCCCAUUUUUUAUUGAUGCUAUUAGAGUCAAAUAUAUCGUGUGUGUUUUUAUACAGUGAGGAGCAGAAGUAUUAGCACCCCAUGUGAUUUUACAAGUUCACCCUUUUAGAAAAUAGGUAGAGGUCUGAAAUUUCAAUCAUAGUUGCAUUUCUACUUAUAGAGACACAAUCUUCAAAAUAAAAUCCGGAACUCACGUUGUAUGAUUUUUCAAUAAUUUAUCUGUAAUUUACUGGGGUUCAUAAGUAUUUGUACCCCUGAGAAAAUUAGUGCUAAUAUUUAGUGCAGAAGCCUUUGUUUGCAAUUACAGAGGUGAGACACUUUCUGUAGUUCUUCACCAGGUUUUCACAUAUGGAAACAGGGAUUUUGGACUAUUCCUCCACACAAAUCUUCUCUAGAUCUGUCAGGUUUCGGGGCUGUCAUUGAGAAACAUGAAGUUUCAGCACCAUCCAAAUAUUUUCUAUUGGAUUGAGGUCUGGAGACUGGCUAGGCCACUCCAGAACCUUGAUAGGCUUCUUACACAGCCACUCCUUGGUCAGCUUGGCUGUUUGCUUCGGAUCGUUGUCAUGUUGGAAGAUCCAGCCACGACUCAUUUUCAAGUCUCUGACUCAGAGAAUGAGUUGUGGCUCAAAAUCUGACGGUACUUUUCACCGUUCAUCCUCUGCUUUAUACAGUACAGUCAUCCUGUACCCAUUGGCGAAAGGCAGCCCCAAAGCAUGAGAUUUAGACCCCCAUACUUCACAGUGGGGAUGGUGUUCUUGGGAUUGUUCUCAUUAUUCUUUUUCCUCCACGCACGAUGAGUAAAGUUUGCACCAAAAAGUUCUACUUUGCUUUUAUCUGACCAUGUUACUUUCUCCCAUGACCCUUCUUCAACAUUCAGACAGUCCCUGGCAAACUACAGACGGGCCUAUAUACUGGCUUCAACAGGGGAACCUUCUAGGCAAUGCAUGAUUUUAAACCAUUGCACCGUGGGGUUUACUGACAGUAGCCUUUGAAACUGUGUAUCCAGCUCUCUUCAGGUCAUUGACCAGCUCCUGCUGGGUAGAUCUAGGCUGAGCCCUUACUUUUCUCAUGAGUGAUGCCCAACGAGGAGAGGUUUUACAUAGAGCCCCAGUCCGAGGUAGGUUAUCAGUCAUGUUUAGCCUUUUCCAUUUUCUAAGAAUUGCUUCAACUGUUGAUUUAUUCUCACAGAGCUGCUUUCCAAUUGUCCUAUAGCCUUUUCCAGCUUCGUGGAGCUCAACAAUUUUUUCUCUGGUGUCUUUCGAAGGCCCUCUGGUCUUGCCCAUAUUAGCAGUUGGAUUAUGACUGAUUGUGGGGUGCAUUUGUGGUUUGGGUGGUUACUCAUGGGGUACAGAUGGACUUUUUUUUUUUCUUUUAAGGUAGACUGAUAACUCUUUAAGUGUCAUAACUAUUGCUGAUUCUCAGGGGUACAAAUACUUAUGAACCCCAGUAAAUUACAGAUAAAUUAUUUUAAAAAAUCAUGCUAUGCGAGUUCCGGAUUUUUUUUUUUUUUUAAGUGUAAGUGGAAAUGCAUCUACGAUUGAAAUUUCAGACCUCAACCUAUUUUCUAUGUGGGUGAACUUGCAAAAUAAGAAGGGGUGCAAAUACUUCUCUUCACUGUAUAUGGCUAGAUGUCUGUUGUGCACUUUGAGCCAAUGAGGACAAGCGUUGUCACCUUUCGGCCAUUUUGUGGCGGGGCCAUUCAAUAAAUAUAACAUUGUUACUCUGAGCAUGGACUUUGAAAUAGCUAAUGAUUUCUUAAAUAUUUAGCUAAUUUUCAAACUGCUUGGUUUUUUCAUAAACAUCAGAGAUUGAAACACUGCAUACGAAAAACAAUUUAAUUUUUUUUUCAAUAUCAAGCUAGGUAUACUGUGUUUGUUUCUUGUGCAUGCUUGAAAUAAAAAGAAAAGCUUCAUCAAGCCUGAAUAAUAGCCAUCAUACGAUUACUUUAAAAACUGUUUUAUUAUAAGUUUGUCAAGAAUUGAGUGAAUUACUCCAACGCAAGAUGGCUGCCAGUUACAUACAGUACGCUGCCAACUCCGCCUUGAGACAUCAGCCUUAUUUUUGUGAUGUUUCUGGUUAUGAUUUACCAUAAUUUUCGCACUCUAAGGCGCACCUGACUAUAAGCCGCCACCCACCAAAUUUGACACGAAAACAACAUUUGUUCAUAGAUAAGCCGCACCGGACUAUAAGCCGCAGCUCUCCUCACUGUAUUAUGGGAUAUUUACACCAAAAGAUAUUAACCGGUAACACUUUAUUUGACAGCGGCAUCAUAAGACCAAAUGAACCACCAUGAACCAAUUGGAUGCAAAGCUUCAUUGCUUCAAGAAGCUUAAUUUGGUGAUUAUUGCUCCCUUGGGGAAGACAGUCAACCUCUGCUGCCACCUGCUGUCAACACUGAUGUUGUCCAACAUGCCUCCUGGCAUCCAUUGCAGCGCUACAGAUGUAAAUAACAAUCAAAAUUCAUGUUCUGUGCUAAUUAUUUCUUAAAUUACUGUUCCAGUUGUUUCAUUGAUUACUAGUUAUGGUAUUUGGUACCACUUUAUUUGACAUUGGCACCAUAAGACUGUCAUUAGACAAUCAUAAUUAUGACAUGAGCAUUAAUGAAUGCUUAUAACAGAUGUCAUUUAGUGUUAUCCUGCAAAUUAGCUCACUUUUGAAUGGAUGUAAAAUAACCGAGCUGGACGUAAAAUGAGUUAGUGGCAUAAUUUGCCGGAUGACACCUCAUGACAUCUGUCUUAAGCAUUCAGUAAGGCCCAUGAUAGUGUCAUGUCACAAUGAUGACGGUCUUAUGAUGUCGCUGUCAAAUAAAUGGUUACUUAUUAACCCAAAUAAAUCAACAACAAAUAAGCCGCCUUGGACUAUAAGCCACAGGAUUCAAAGUGAAGGAAAAAAGCGGCUUAUAGUCCGAAAAUUACGGUACUUACUUGAAGGGACAGACAACACCUCUGUAAUGUAUCCCAGUGAAAAGAUUUAAAAUUACAAAAAAAAAAAAAAAAAUUUCAUUUUUCCGAUCUGUAAUGGAGUGAAAAUGAAUGCCAUUAUUUCAAGGAAGCGACCACCCUUAGUGCAGGCAUUUUUUUUCUACAAUGCUAGUACAAUUUUAGCCAAUCAAAUGUAAGAUCUCACAAUGCCCACCCAUCAGUAAUACCCAUCAUGCAGCUGUGUUAAAAUCGGUGGGUAAAAGUGAUGUAGCAAAAUGGCUACGCUUCAAAGUGGUGUCAUGUUUUUUUUUUUAAUUAAAUUAUUACCGUAUUGGUCCGAAUAUAAGACUGCCCUGAUUAUAUGACGACCCCCUCUUUUUCAAGACUCAUGUUUGGAAAUUUUACUUUUUGAACACCAAAGUAAUUUUUAUACAGAAAAUAAUUACAGUUUAUCUGAAACAAAUGAUUAUAACAAUAUAUUUGACAGAAAAAACAUUAUUUUGCCUCAUUCAAAUCUUAAUAUCAGAACAUUUAAAUAUGUAAACUAAAGUGCAAUCACAUUCGUAAAAGAAUGGCUUCUGGUUUUUGAAAUGUAAAUAAACCAAUCUAUUGUGAUAAAACAACAAAAUUGCAAUAACUGCAUUAUCCAUCAAAGUGAAGUCUAACUAACUGUAGUCUUGAAACAAAUCUGAAUAAGGAAAAACAUUGCAAUAAAAUAAUGCAAACUGGUUAAACUUGAGAGUAGCUGAGAUCUGUCGUGAUAGAACAUCACUUCAAUGAUAUCUGGCGCCAUCUAGCGUCGUGAAUGGGGAGAGUAGGUGAGCUCUGUCAUGACAGAACAUCGCUUCAAUGAUAUCUGGCGCCAUCUAGCGUCGUGAAUGGGUAUAAUGUCUAGAACGCGAAUAUAAGAUGACCCCCUCUUUUUCAGUCUUAUUUCAAUGCAAAAAACAGUCUUAUAUUCGGGCCAAUACGGUUUUAUUAACAUAUUUCUCCAGGAUCAGAGGUCUAAGAAAUUCGAUAUCAAAUCAAAUCAAAUCAAAUUUAUUUAUAUAGCCCUUUACAAAACCCGAAAGGUCCCCAAAGUGCUUUACAACAAAGAGAAACAUGGCACAUAGUAAAUAAAAGGCAGGAAAGUGUUAUAAAAUGACAUUAGGAAGAAAAGAAAAGAAAAAAAAACGAACCAUCGCAUCACGAUUAGUCAGACACCAAACAAAACAAUAAAACAGAUCAAAUCCGAAAACAUUAAAACCCCUAAAGAAGUAAAACCAGGCUAAACUAAUCUUGGGGAAAGGCGAGUCUAAAAAGGUGUGUCUUUAAACGAGAUUUAAAAAGGCCCAAAUUUGUAGUGGUGCUGAUUUCCGGGGAUAUUUGCAUACUCAAAUAAAAGGGCGGAUAUCCCAGGCGGGACACAUCCCCCUUCCCAACUAAGAUGCCCCCCCCCCCAAUAAUUUGGAACACAAUAAGUAUUUUUGAAGCUGUAGACUUAAUUCAAAGUAAAAUCUAUUCAGUUCUCAUUUUAGUUGCGCAACAAUGUGCUAUUUAAAUAUUAUAAUCUUUCUCUCAGCCUUCCCUCCUAUAAGACUGGUUUACUCUAUUCCACACGGUAGAGGCUAAACUCUGUUGCGUCUGCUGUCUGCAUGAGUGCCUAUUAACUAAUCUAAUCAAAACGACUGGAAGUACCCCGUCCGCCAUUGCUGAGUUGUGCCGCCUGCAGCACACAGUCAGCAGCAGCUAACGUUACUGUUUACAUUGAUUGAGGCUGAGCUAUUAUAGUUAUGUAAACACCCAAGGAAUGGCGGCCAGCAAUUAAAGGGCGACAUACACACCUCUACUCGGAUUAGUCCAUAGCGCACCGCUGCAGGAUCGGGUGAGUAAGAGUGGGAACCUCUUGGUACCUCACGAUACGAUACGAUUUGCGAUACAAAGCUCAUGAUAGCGAUGAUCUGACGAUAUGGUGAUACGAUUAUCGAUACAUUGGUCAGGAAAUCAUUCUAGGAUAUUCUACAAACAACUAGUAAACAGAAAAAGAGAAUGAGUUUAGCACUAGUAGACGUCCAAUAUAUUUCCACCGGGAGGGUGGCAGAAUGUUCAUUUGCUACCAUCCCUCCCACUUCAAAUGGAUUGAACGUCUAUGGCCGUCAAUGGCAGCCGGUUCCAGGCUAUGAGGUAAUUUUGGGCCAUUUAAGGUCAUUUACCUGUUGAUUUUCAUUUGCUUCCUGUUGAUUUUGGGGUGUUUUAUGAGUCACUUCCUGUUUAUUUUGAGUUACAGAACAGGAAGUGACCUGGGAAUUACCCAAAUAAAUAGGAAGUGACUCAAACUCAACAGGAAAUGACCUGUAAAUGCCCUAAAAUGAACAGCAAGUGACCUGUAAAUGCCCUGAAAAUCGGACAGAAUGACUGUGUAUGCUCUGGUUUCGAAUGAACGAACGUUCCCUGUCUAAACGGAUUGGACGUCGAGCACCAUCAAUGCAGUCUUAGAGUUAACUGAGACACUAUUAUGGUGGAAGAUUUUGGUAGCAACUUGUUGGUUCCUUUUAAAAAAAGUUUUUAAACAUUGACACCUUUUUAAAACGAUAUCUCGAUUCUUGGCAGGCACAUACCAAUAACCUUUUGGGAUACAAAGUAUCACGACAUAUCACCAUUUUGAUAUUUUGUGACACCCCUACGGGUAAGACAUCCACUAACAAACACAGUCACACAAAUUCUAAAACAUCCCGUGAACUAAAAUCUUGAGGUUCAGACUAUCUGCAUUGUUCAAAGGUCUACUCUCCAUUACUGAGUUCUGUUAAACUAAGAUAAAAGCUAAUAAUAGCUAAGCAUAAGGUGACAGUCACUGACAGAGAAAAGCGGAACUGCCUGUAAUUAUUUAUUUCUGUCACUCUAAAUGGGAGUAUCGAUAUUGACAUCAGAAAUAGUUCAGAUUUUAAUGACAUUUUAGAUUUAUUUCCAGCAUGGUUUAUUUGAUUAGGUAAUAAGUAAUUAGGUAGUAAUGGAUUUAUUAUUUGUGUUCACCUGCAAAAGAUCAUUGUUGUGCCUUUACAAGACAAAUUAUUUUCCCAUAACACUCCAAUGACCUUCAAAUAUGGCACUUUUUGUUUGACCAAUUGUUGCAUUUUAAAAAAAUAUACAAUAGUAUGAAAAUGUAUCUCAACCUUUUGGAAUUUCUCACA